AUGCUUAUGACAAUGAAGCGGUUUAAGAUCUUGAAUACAAACCUGCAUUUAAUUCUUCAGUCACAAGAAGAUCUUGGGGGAGGUAAUUCAGUAACCAGUUUAGAAGUUGAAGGUUUGUUAAAACUGCUAGAAGGAAGGAUCACAUCAAAAGUUUUGUGCAUGAUCAAAGACUCUGAGUCUCUUCUUUUAGAGAAAGUUGAUAUUUGUGAUCAUAACAAUGAGAUAAAGGUGAAUUCUCAGAAGUCUACAUUUGAAGGUGAUUUGAAAGAAUUGAGAAUGGUGACAAAGGAAUGUCAUGUAUUGUUCGUCCAAGAUGUUAAAAAGGUGAGAGAGGAUGUUAAUUUUAAACUUCAAGAGCAUCGCCAAGACAUGGAGAAAGAGAUUGCAUGUGUUCACACAUAA